GCCAUCACUUUAAUGUAACGUGAGGAUACCAACGUUGAUGUAGUGACGCUCUUUGGGCACCGAAAUCUGAUUGACAAAGGAGUUUGUGCCGAUUUUUGGAACUAGUUCUGAAGUUUGUGGCUAAUUCGUUUCCUACAACAGCGGAUAUAAGUUCUCAGCUGGAUCAAGACUUUUCAAAAAAGUGAUUCUUGCUUCUGUGGAUUUUCUGUAAGGAUCUAAAAAAAACGAACAAAACUGAAGACCAACAAAAACAAGGUGUCUUUCUGGAUAAGACCCGUCUGAAUUUGUGGCUGGAGCGCCAUUGUCUCCCUAUGAUGAUGUCAUACCUCAAACAGGCCCCAUAUGCCAUGAACGGGCUGGGGCUCAGCGGGGCCACCAUAGAUCUCCUCCAUCCUUCUGUGGGAUACCCGGCUAAUCCCCGCAAACAGAGACGAGAGAGAACAACCUAUACUCGCACUCAGUUGGAUAUAUUGGAGAAUUUGUUUGCCAAGACGAGAUACCCAGAUAUUUUCAUGCGAGAGGAGGUGGCCUUGAAAAUCAAUUUGCCCGAGUCCAGAGUUCAGGUGUGGUUUAAGAACAGAAGGGCAAAGUGUCGGCAGCAACAACAGAGCAACAGCGGAUCCAAGAUCCGUCCGGCGAAGAAGAAGUCCUCUCCUUCCCGCGAGAGCCCGGGGUCAGAGAGCAGCGGCCACUUCACUCCCCCAGCUGUCUCCAUCAACAACUCAUCUUCCUCAUCAUCCUCGGGCUCCAACCCCUCCGGUCUCAGUGGAGUGGGUCUCAUGAGCAGCUCUUCCUCAGGGACAACGCCCGCCUCCUCCAUCUGGAGUCCCGCUCCGAUCUCGCCACUACCAGCUCCGUCUUCCCUCCCCGACAUCUCGCCACCCGCCAGCGCCUCAUGCAUGCAGAGGGCCAUCUCAGGCUGUGGUGGUACCACAGGAGUGCCGUCCUAUCCCAUGCCCUACAACCAGGCUCCGAGCUAUGCCCAGGGAUACCCGACCACCAACACUGCCUCUUACUUUGGAGGCAUGGACUGUGGCUCCUAUUUGGCACCCAUGGCUGGCCACGCCCACCACCAUCACCCACAUGCCCAUCACGCACAGCUGAGCACCAUGGCUGGCACCAGCACAGUGUCAGGCCACCACCCGCACCACAUUGGGCACAGCACCGGGCACCCGCACCACCCUCACCAGGGCUACGGCAGCACAGGGUUGCCCUUCAGCUCCACAGACUGUCUGGAUUACAAAGAACAAGCUGCCGUGGCGUCGUCAUGGAAACUGAACUUCAGCUCGGCGGCAGAUUGCUUGGACUACAAAGACCAGGCGGCCUGGCGUUUUCAGGUCCUGUGAGAACUUUCUUAUUCAAGGACUGGUAAUGUUGUUUCCUAAAGUUUGCUUGUUUGCUUUCCUUCGGACAAAGACCCUCCCUCAACAUUACAGAGUACGUUGGGAACCACAGGGUGUUGAGGACGACAUCAGGAGGCUGUUUUCUGUGCCAAAUACUUCCACCUUUCAGGGGAAUGACUCGGAAGAGCUACUGUGACAAGAGUUUGGCCCUUACCAAAGUUUCUGUCAAAAGUAAUUAAAAACUGAUAUUGCUUAAAAAUGUUCAUCACCCUACGUGGACAGAUUCAAAAUGUAUGCUGAAAUACAUUUCUUAAGAGUACUCCCACAAAUAAGGGCCAUUUCCAUGCACUCCUCGCAUGAUGCACUGAAUAAAUGACACUGGAGACCCUUGGGGUUUCAAGAAUGAAGGCAAUAAUAAUUUUAUAUAAGUUUUGCUUUUCAGAGGUGACUUUAACUUGACAGCUCCUGUGAAAUUUAUGUUCAUUUAAUAA